AUGUCUAUGAUUGAAGAAGAAGUGGUCGUUGCACCAUGGGUGGGCCCUACAAGCUGUAAAAAUACAUUAUCGACAAUAGUUUUGUCGUCAAACAUUGAUAUCAUAGAAAAGAUAUCUGAAGCCCUAACAGAAGUUCACGGCAAAGGAAACUUUCGCUGGAAACUUAUAGUGCUAAAGUCUUUUUAUUUAGAUGAAGUCGUUAAACAGUCGGAUUUAACAGGAAAAAUCGCAAUAGAUUUUGUUAUUUUAGCGAUAGACACAAGUAGAAUAUUUUGUUUAGAGUGGGCCAAAAAAGUUCUUUCUCAAGUGCAUCCUGAUUUAAGAGUUCGACGUGUGGUACUUGUGAACGCAAGUGGACUUCCAGUGAACGCCAUGGCCAUAAGUGCUGUUGAACUUUUAAAUUUCCAAACAGAGAUGAAUCUGGACAUUAUAUCUGCCAAUGUGUUUGAUGUUGACAAUGCCUCAUUUUUAUCGCGCAGAUUAUUAAAAUAUAUGGAAGUGUCUGUUGGUGUUAAAACUGGUAUUCCUAAUCUGAAUAUAUGA